UUGGAUGGCCAAGAAUUAACCUACAGUGAUGUGUGGAAAAGCGGUUGUCAUUUGUUGUGAAGCACCGAAUUCGUGACAAAGCAAUAAUAUUGUAAUUGCAAAGAGAAACAGGCAAGAAAGAUGUUCCGCAACCAAUACGACAGCGACGUGACGGUAUGGAGCCCACAGGGCCGUCUACAUCAGGUCGAGUACGCGAUGGAGGCCGUAAAGCUUGGCUCUGCAACGGUGGGAUUGAAAAACAAGGAUUAUGCCGUCUUAAUUGCUCUGAAACGUGCUUCAUCCGAGCUGUCGUCUCACCAAAAGAAGAUCAUUUCCAUCGAUGAUCAUCUUGGUCUUUCGUUCGCCGGUAUCACGGCGGAUGCCCGAAUCCUCAGCCGUUAUCUACGCCAGGAAUGUCUGAACUACAAGUACUCGUACGAUGCGUGUUAUCCAGUAGGACGCUUGAUUAGCAACCUUGGCAACAAGAUGCAAGUCUGCACACAACGGUAUGACCGGCGUCCGUACGGUGUUGGCCUACUCGUGAUCGGUUACGAUGAUCAGGGUCCGCACAUCUACCAAACAUGCCCAAGCGCAAAUUUCUUCGACUGCAAAGCAAUGUCGAUUGGAUCCCGUUCUCAGAGUGCCCGUACGUAUCUCGAGAAGCAUCUGGCUACAUUCCCAGAUUGCACUAAAGACGAGCUCAUUCGUCAUGGGGUACAAGCGCUUCAGGAUACACUGCCAAACGAGGUGGAGCUGAACAACAAGAAUAUAUCGAUCGCAAUCGUGGGCAAGGGAGAAAACUUCCACGUCCUGGAUGAGCAAGAGAACGAUAAAUAUUUGAGUAACAUAGUUCGUCGUGGUGGUGGUGCUGCUGAGGCAUCCUCCAGUGGCCAACCACCGCGUGAUGAUGGCGACGAUCAGCCCCCAAACGUACCAGCGGAUCCGAUUCCGGUAGUGGCCAUGGAAACGUAAAUGAAUCGCAUCCGCAAGUAAAGGAGUCGUAUGAUAAGGAACCUUCAUCAGCGUUUCCAGAACUUCGCUACGACUUUUACCCGACCUGGAAUGUGGCUUUGAAUUUCAAAAACUGAAGGGUGGGAGUUUGAGGUGUCGCGUCAUUUCAAACUCCCACCCUGUAUCGGCGUUCCAGAUUACAAAAACACUCCCACUGGGUGAUGGUCUCUACUACGAAUUGUAUUUUCAAUAAACACAGAAACGGAUGUUCAUUCUCGUUUGCUCAAUGUGCACCGUGUCAAUAUAUUAACGAUA